CAGAACACAGGAGAGUGAGAAAGGGGGAGAAGAGAAGAGAAGAGAAGAGAAGGAGCAUGGCUCCUGUCUGGCUUGGAAGACUCUGUCUGCUCCUGCUUUUGUGCAUCACUGUGCUUUCACAAACUGCAGAACGAUCCAAGAGAAAAAAGCGGGAGUGGAUUCGUCCUGCUGCAAAACUCGUCGAGAAUGUUGACUACACAAAAAAUGAAUUCAUAGCCAAAAUAUGGUCUGAUAAGCACACAGAAGACCAGCCCCUGGAGUACAGCCUAACAGGACAUGGUGCUGACAAGGAGCCGUAUAACCUAUUUCUUGUCAACCCCCAAAAUGGCUGGCUCAGAAUCACAGGCAUACUGGACAGAGAGGAAAGAUCAGAGUAUAAUUUGAAAGGACUGGCGAGAUACAGAAAUGCCAGUCUGGCAGAAGGAGAGGUUCAUCUGAAAAUAAAGGUCGUGGAUCAGAACGACAAUCCACCAAAGUUUACCUUCUCCAAAGGUUCUGUGGCAGAAUGCAGUAAAAUAGAAACCCGUGUCAUGAGGAUAAGAGCUGAGGAUGCUGAUGAGCAGGGAACCAUCAAUGCAAAGAUUGCAUACAGUAUAGUGAAGCAAAUCCCAGAGGGAGCUGGUCCCAUGUUCUCCAUUGACAGAGACACUGGAGAUAUCUAUGUGAAAGAGCACACCCUGGACAGAGAGACACUUGACUCCUACACUUUAAUAGUGCAGGGUGUGGAUAUGGACGGCGCUCCAAACGGCAACACAGGAACUGGUACAGUAGAGAUUAAGGUUUUGGACAUCAAUGACAAUGUUCCCACUCUUGAAAAAGAUGAGCACACAGGCAGGGUUGAUGAAGAUGUAGCUGAUGCGGUUGUGAUGAGAAUCAAAGCUCUGGAUAAAGACCAGGAGUACACUGAUAACUGGCUGGUCCACUUUACAAUCAUCGAGGGUAAUGAAGAUGAACUCUUCACUAUAGAGACAGAUCCUAAGACCAAUGAAGGGAUUCUAAAGCUGGUCAAGCUGGUGGAUUAUGAAAAGGUCAAAGAGGUGAAUCUGGGCCUGGCCAUUUCAAAUGUAGCACCUCUCAUUAAUGCAGCAGAUUCAGACGGAAAUUUGGGAGGCACUGGAGCUGGAACAGGACUAGCAGGGGGAGGGAGAGGAGGAGGAGCAGAGGGAGGGGCCGGGGCAAGUGCAGGAGUAACAUCUGGUGUUAUAAUAGGUCUUAAACCUGAGUCAAGACCAGGUCUCAAACCAGACAAAAAGCCAUCAGCUAUAGAAGGGAAAAGGUACCCAGUUAAAAUAAUUGUAAACAACUUAUCCGAUGGCCUAGCCUUUUCACCAUCUAAGAAGGAGUUUCCUGUGUCAGAGGACCCAAAGAAAAUUCAAGUUCCUAAAAUUAUUGGUUCUUUUCCUGCCGUGGAUGGUGAUACUGGAAAAAGUGCUGAAAAUGUCAGGUAUGCAAAAGGCUAUGAUCCAGACAACUGGCUAUCCAUAAACGAGGAGACAUCAGAAAUUAAACUUGUGAAGAUUCCAGAUCGAGAGUCAAAGUUUCUGGUCAAUGGAACCUACUUUGCCAAGAUAAUCUGCAUGACGCAAGAUGUGCCUCCCAGGACAGUCACUGGAACAAUAGCUUUAAAGGUGGAAGACUCAAAUGACCACUGUCCCAGACUGACCAGCAACUACGCGAGCAUCUGCUCUGAUACUAAAAUCAUAAACGUGACUGCACUUGACCAGGACAUCUAUCCAAAUGCAGAGCCAUAUAAAUUUGUGCUGGUAGAGGAGGAGACUCAUGGAGAGUGGGAAAUGGUUCCUGUAAAUGGAACAACAGUGAGCUUUCAUGCCAAGGACUUGCUGUGGCCAGGCUUUUAUGAGCUGACUGUGGAGAUCUUUGACAUGCAGGGAUUGGGCUGUGAGGACAAGCAGAAGCUUCAAGUGGAGGUGUGCACCUGUGAGGAAGGUGACACCUGUGUUGUGGCACUCAGGUCUUCCCAACAGCAUGCGUCCUCAGUCAAAGUGGGUGUUCCAGCCAUCGGACUGCUCAUGGCCGGCCUGGCACUGCUUAUAUUGGUUCCCAUGCUUCUGUUGGUCUGCCAGUGUGGGGUGGUGAGCGAAUUCACAGAGCUGCCGUUUGAUGCUAAAGAACAACUUAUCUCAUACCACACUGAAGGAAAGGGGGAGGACAAGGAGGUGCCUCUUCUCAGUGCUCCAGACCAGCAAUCUAUGGCAGUGGGUGGUAAUGCUGGCAGCAAAGUCCCCAUGAUGGCACCUACUCAGGCUCACGAAUGGGUCAUGGAGAUUGACCGCAUGCUUGCAUACCAAAACAACACUUUUUCAGCUGAGCAUCAUGGAAGCAACCUCUAUUCUUCAUCAUUCAGGCGUGUAAGGCAUGAUCUCUAUGGAGGGAUAGCACUGCCAGACAAUUUUCUACAUGAAUACUUCACUCAGAAAGCAAGGCAUGCAGCUGAGAACCCUCCUCUCACUGACAGUCUGCUAGCGUACAGCUGUGAAGAUCAAGAUUCUCCUGUAGGCUCUUUGGGCUGCUGCAGUCUCCUUGAGUCAGGAAGCGACAUGACAUUUCUCAGUGAUUUAGGACCAAAGUUUAUGACUUUAGCAGAGAUUUGCAGUCCCUCAAAACCUAGUCCACCACCAACAAAGGUUGAACAAAUUGUCAAGCCAAAAGAUACCACCAUCAAAAGUGAGUGUUCUCUCACCACCAGUACAGCUCCAUUUUCUGAACCUGUGCCACCUUUACCAGAGCAAAGCAAAGUUGAUUCCAAAGAUCUCAAUAACUCAGACACUCUUUCCACCAUGAUUACUAGUCCGAAACAGCUUGUGCAGCAGCAGCCUAUGUACUAUUUGGUAGAACAUCAGGUACCAAGAACUGUGAUUAUUGCCGAGAGACCUACGCAGGGUACAUACUUAAUAAAUGGGUCAGGAGGGGCCAGGGGGUUAAUCCUCCAAGACAGUAAUAAAGCACAGGCCUCACUGCAGCAAGGAUUAUACCUGAUUAGCGAAACUUCUAUGCUACAGGAACAUUCAAUAGACAGCACCUCAAAUCCCUCCAGCCCCAGAAGCCCAACUUCUCCAACCAUCUGGGUUCAGGGAAGCCAAAGCUGUUUCCCACACCAUGAUUCAGUCUCUCAAAGAACUCUCCCUGAGACUCAGAGGGUGAUACUACUACAGAGUGAGGGUAAUGUAAUACCUGCUGUACUUUCACAGACAUGUGCACAAACGGAGACUCGAGGCAUAGGUUCAGACCAUCCUGUAGAAGCAGGGUAUGUAAUGCUUGUUCAAGAUCAAAAUACCUUGGGCCCUCGAAGGUCAACACAAGCUCAGGCAGAGUUACAGUCUCCAGACAGCUCUUUGAAGUUUAGUCCAGUUUUUGCACAGGACAGAGUUCCUGAGAAUGUGUUCAUGCACCAGCAAGGUACUUUGAGUUUUAACCAGCCAGAAGAAGCACAGGCACAACUGAACACAAAAGAAGAUAUGCCACAGUUUAGACUUGACCCCCUACUUACCAAAGGGCAAGGAAACACGGAGGAGUUCUCAAAGCAGAUUAAUACAGACUACACUGCUGAUGUGACACAAAUUCCCACUUCCACUCAUUUUAUUCCCCUCAACCUUCCACUAGUCAGAUCCACUACUGCAGAUGUGCUAGCAAAAGCCAAUGCUAUAAGAAAAGAGCUUGAGGAAACUAUGCUUACUGAGGGCUUCAUGACAUGUAUAUCACCUAACAGACAAGAAAAGAAGUCAGCAGAUGACAUAAGUUCAGUAAAUGACGAUUUCAGUGCCAUAGAAACAGCAGAUCUUGCAACAAAGUGUCAAAAAGAGAAAAAGGAAGACCAUGACUCUGAAAGUCAGGGUAGUGAAGUUGAAGAGACUAACCUAACAGUAAGGGAUACUUCAGUAUCACAAGUGGGCGCCGGUCAGAAUGGAACUGCAAAGGCCACAAUAGCUAGUAAAACAGAACAAGCUGACCUCAAUGAUUCAGAAGAAGUUGGUGUGACAACGAUAGAGAUGAUCUCAGCAGCAACUCAAGAAAUCAUUUGUGAACAAAGUCUUCUUCAUCGACUUGAGGAAGAAACUGAAUAUGUUGCUUCUCAGUUGAAGAGAGAAGACUCACCUGUGACAGAGCAAGUAGAAACUCCAGCAGUAGAACUGAAUGAUGAAAUAGACCAAGAACUUGCAGAUGCUUCAAAUGUUACUCUUGAGACACCACAAGACAUUUCAGGGGUGAUUUUGGAGGUAGAUACAGAGGCAGGGGUAGUCACUGACUUCCAGGUGACUUUACUUACUGAGGAGGAAGAGCUAAAGCCAGAGCAACAAAACAUUGAGGAAGUAAAGGAAAAUGAAGAUGGUCCUAAGGUUAGUGUCAAUGCUAGCCACUUAGGACGAGUCAGUGCAAUGGUGGAAGACAGUAACUCAGCAGUCACCCAGGAAGCUAUUUCUGAACAAAGCCUCCUUACUCUUGAAGUGAAGUUGGCUGGUUCUGACUUAGAGAGGGAAGAUGCAGAAAGUGAACUUCAGUUAAGCAUGCAAAUGACAGAGGACACAUCUGUGAUGGAGGAAUUAGAAACUCCAGCAGUGGACCUGAAUGAUGAAUCAAUCCAAGAAGGUGUAGAGGUUGAGGUAACACAAGACAAUUCAGGGGUGAUUUUGGAAGUAGAUACAGAGGUGGAGGUAGUCGCUGACUUCCAGGUGACUUUGCUUACUGAGGAGGAAGAGCUAAAGCUAGAGCAACAAAACCUAGAUGAAGUAAAGGUGAUUGAGGUACCACAAAAUAUUUCAGGGGUGAAUUUGGAGGAAGACACAGAGAUGCGGGCAAUCACUGACUUUGGGCCUGAGCCCCAAAACACAGAGGAAGUAAAAGAAAAUGAGCAUUGUCCUAAGCAGACAGGAACUAAGAUAAAAAGUGAGGAUGUUGGGGAUCAACUUCAGUCAAGCAUACGAAAAACAAAGGACACCCCUGUGAUGGAACAAAUAGAUAUUACAGAAGAAGGAAUGAAAGAUGAAUCAGGCCCAGACCUUGUAGAGACUGAAUCAGACCAGCGAGACCCUACUAAUUUACAACAGUCAGCCCUAUCUGACCCUGAGAGCGACAAGGAGGCAGAUUUAGAGGAGGUGAUGAGUAAUGUAUCAGAAUGUCACAUACCAACAGAUCUAGAGCAGGUGCUUGGUAUGAGACAGUACAUUGAGACACUUGAGGUAAAAGAUUUUCAGGUGCAGGUUUCUACAGGCCAAAUGACACCUCAAGCAACAAGGCAAGAACAAUUUGAGGAUAAUGAACUAACAUAUCAAAUUCAGGAUUCUGAGGAAGGCAAAGAUCUUUUAGGACAAGAGAAACAUAACAAAGUACAAGAUAUAAAUACUUCUGCUGCACAAGCUGAUGCAAAGAUGACAGCAAAUACUGUGAAAGCAAUGAAAUCUAUGGGAGCAGGGUACCAUAUGAAAAUAAAAGGUAGCCCUGAAACUGAAAAGUCAGGAGACGAUGAAGUAAGUUCUGAACCAGCCAGCGCAGAUUAUGUGUCUUUGAGUGUUCAAUCUGUAUCGGAGGUCGCAGAAGAAAUAAAAGUGUGUCGACAUUUAAGUGGAGAUCUCAAGGAGAGCAUAGACCCAUCACAAAGUGCUUUUACAAAUUUAAAAUUAGUGCAGGAUGGACUUGAACUUGAAAAUGAGGUCCAACAGAUUUCACCUGAAGUUGAGACAGUAAUGGGUGAAGCACACAAGGACUGCACUUUGCAAUCACUGUCAGAGGAAGGUAAACUAGUAUCUGAGGUAGCCGCAUCAGAGAUUUCAGAAAGUUUAGCACAAGCUGAAAAGGCAGGUGAUGUGUUAUCUGAGGUUACGGAGCAGGUCUUAGCAACUGCCAGCAGCACAUCAGAAUCAAGAACAACAGGUUUGCAGGCAAAAUCAGAACAGGAAACUACUGUGAUCCCUAAAAACAAACACAGGAACAGCAAAAAGUCAUCAAAAAAAAGUCCCAAAAGUCCUGUGGGAAAAUGUAAACCACAAUGAGAUUUCUAUGAAAAUAAAAUCUCAUAUAGAGUUCCACUUAAAAAUGAUUUGAGGUAAGUAAUUUGUUAGUUAUGGGUUUUUACUGCUUAAUGACUCACUGACUGCACUUGAGAAAUUUUGUUGCUGGAUCAUAUUCUCUGACUACUUUAAUUUCAAUGAGCAUUCUUUGUGAACUUUUUUUCAACUUCUGAAUAUUAUAUAUACAUUUACAUGACUUUUUAAAAAUACAUGAAUGUUAUCAAAGCAUGUGAAGGCUUACUCUGUAAAUCUUUGUUCACCCACCUCCAUGGGUGUUGUAAUUCUCUGUUUGAUUUUGAAUAAAGCAAUUAGGAAGUUUGGCAUUCUUAACUUCCUACAGCAUA